AUGAUCGAGGUCAUCCAGAAGUACUACGGGCGCUGGGUCGUCACCAAGUUCGUGAAGGAGCACAACCACGCCGUGCUGCCGCCGAGCAGGGUCCGCUACGUCGCGCCGGAGGAGUAUGCAGACUUGGAGCCCUUCAUCGGCAUGGAGUUCCCCACCCACGAGGACGCGCAGACGUUCUACUACGCCUACGCCAGCCGCGUGGGCUUCGACGUGCGCAUCAGGCUCUCGCGGCGGUCAACCCGCGACGAGUCUUUCGUGAUGCGGCGCUUCGUCUGCACCAAGGAGGGCUUCACCCCGUACGAGGAGAACUUCGACGACGGCGGCGGCGGCGGCGGCGGCGGCAAGCGGAGGAGGAACCGGACGCCCACCAGGGAAGGCUGCAAGGCCAUGUUCGAGGUGAUCAAGAAGGACUACGAACGGUGGAUCGUCUCCAAGCUCGUCCUGGAGCACACCCACGAGCUGGCGGUCGCGCCCAGCAGGGUACACUACAUCCAGUCACAGAGCGAGGUCGUCGUCCUCGCCAAGAGCGGCGGCGGCGGCACCCCCCGCGAGACCGCGUCGGCUCUGAACAGCUUGGCCCCGCAGAUUGGGGAGCCAGGCAGGGGGGGCCUCGAUCAUCAUCAUCAUCAUCCCACGGGCGGCGAGCAGGAUGCCAGGAACGACACCAGGGAGGCCGCCGGCCAGAGCUCCUUCGUAAUCGGGGUCGAAGAGACGCAGAGCCUGCUGGACUACUUCAAGAGGCUGCAAGAUGAGAAUCCGGCCUUCUUCUAUGCGUUCCAGGUCGACAAGAACGACUGCCUGAUCAGCGUCUUCUGGGCCGACGCCAAAGCCAGAAUGUCCUACUACUGUUUUGGCGAUGCCGUGACCUUCGAUUCCUCCUUUCUGGGGAACAAGAGCAUGCUGCCAUUCGUCACCUUCACGGGCGUGAACCAUCACCUGCAGUCCGUCAUCUUCGGGAGCGCCCUGCUCACCUGCGACUCUGAGGCCUCGUUCGUGUGGGUGUUCGAGAACUGGCUCUUGGCGAUGUGCAGCCGCCCGCCGGUCUCCCUGGUCACCGACCACAGCGAGGUGAUUGGCGCAGCGGCGGCGAAGGUCUUCCCCAGCACCCGUCACCGGAUCAACAAGUGGAGCAUCCUCAGCCGAACCAGGGAGAAUCUGUCGAACAUAUACUCGAAGCACGCCACCUUCCAGGCAGAGUUCGAGAGCUGCGUCCUCGCUUCUGAGACGGUCGAAGCAUUCGAGUCUGACUGGAGCUCAAUCCUGGACAGGUACGGGCUGAGGGAGAACCUGUGGCUGCAGUCUGUCUACGGAUUCCGCCACCAGUGGGUCUCGGUGUACACCAAGGAUGCAUUCUCCGCGGAGAUCUCUGCGACCCGGAGGCCAGAGAGCCUGAGCAGGUUUUACGAGAAGUACUUCAACACCAAGACGUCCCUGCUGGUGUUCGUCUCCCUCUUCGAGCAGGCCGUGUCUUGCUGGUAUGAAAACGAGGCCCUGGAAGACUUUGCGAACAUGUACACGAAGCCGGUUCUGAAGACCCCGUCGCUGCUGCUGAAGCAGGCGGCGGAAUUCUACACGAGGACCAUAUUCGACGUGUUCCAGGACGAGUUCAUCGAGUCCUUGGGUUACCAUGUGGACAGAGUCGAGGACGGGGAGGUCUGCAAGUACAGCGUCGCGAAGGAUGAGGAUGCUCGCACGACCUGCGUGGUGACCUACGCCUCGUCGGAGAAGAAGGCGAGCUGCAGCUGCUGCAAGUUCGAGGUCUCUGGAAUUCUCUGCAGGCACAUCCUCAGGGUUCUUCCCAUCGUCGGCGUCUGCGCCCUCUCGGAGGAGUACAUCCUGAAGCGAUGGACCAAGAACGCCAAGAAUGGAUUCGUUUUGGAUGAAUGCGUGCGGUACAACGACAUCUGCCGCGACGCCACUAAGUACGCCAAGGAAGGAUCCUCGUCCAUGGAGGUCUACAAGGUCGCCAAGGAAGCGUUGCAGAUGGCCUUUGGGGAGGUGGUCGCGGCGAAGAAGAGCAUCGGGUGUACGAUGUGA